AUUAUUUUAUUUGUUAUGAUUUCGACCUGAAUAUUCGUUUGUAAAGGUUAUCUGUUUUUAUUAAAUGUCAGUACAAAUCUUCAUCUCAUUCUAUACAGAGCCUAACAAGAUUUAGACACAUUAUUUUAUUACCAAGAAGAAAAUGAAUAAAUCAAUAUUUAUCCUUAUCGCUUUUAUAGCAUUUUUAGCUUUAGUUCUAGGAAAACCAUGUAAUUCAAGGAAACAUUGUCGUACCAGCAACGGAAGUGAUAGCAACGAGGAUAGCAAAAACUCAAAGGAAUGCGAUAAUUCAUCUACAUCAUCGUCAUCAUCAUCAUCAUCAUCAUCAUCUGAGGAGGAGGACAACGAUUGUCAUGGUCAUCGAAAGAAUAAACAAGACAGUUCGUCAUCAUCAUCAUCAUCAUCAUCAUCUUCAGAAGAAGAUGACAAAAAUAACAAAUGUAAAGAUUCUGAGCAAAAGAGAAGUCAUAAUAAUAAAUGUGAGGAGUCAAAGGAAUGCAAGGAUUCAUCUUCAUCGUCAUCCUCAUCGGAAGAAGAUGACAAUAAUUGUAGAACCCAAAGCAAGAAAAAUGGCCAUGACUCAUCGUCAUCAUCGUCGUCGUCUUCAGAGGAAAAUGAAAAAAAUAGUAAAGACUCUAAUGACUCCAAACAAAAAAUAAGUCAUCAUCACAAAAAGGGAUGUAAUUUCAAGGACAAAAACUGUAAUAACUAGUUCAGAGGUAAAAAUGAAGCCUGGUAGCCUGGAAGCCUGGUAGCGCUCAAGUUUUUUUUAUAGUUAUGGUUAGUAGGUUUCUUCUAAUGAUGUUUUAAGAUUAGUAGUAUAUAUUUGUUAAUGAUAAAAUUUCUAUAAUAAAGUGUAUAAAUAAAUGUUUAUUCAACCAA